CACAUGCACAACACGCAGCUUGCCUUCAAAACGUCCGCUUAAAUCUGCUGGGACCGUUGACGUUUUGAUACUAUGAGACCAUGAAUUUCAAGCGGUGAUGCUUUUAAGGUUGUUGCACUCAAGCGUUCGUGCGCUCGGCGCGGAUUCCUUAACAGAUGACUCGCGAGUUCUUCACGCUUAGCGGCGGCCAGUCGCUGCUCGCUGGGCCACCAGAAGAUGCACCUCCCGCCGAUCUGGGCCGUGGACGCUUGGCGGGCGCGCUGGCUCAGCAGCACCGCUCGGCGCUGGUGGCUCUGGCCUGCCCCGACCUGCCGCCGUCGGCCCUGUCCGGCCGCGGCCUGCACCUGCAGGCCCAACAGCGCGCCCGCUGCGCCCUGGGCCGCCACGAGCGCGCGUGCGUGUCGGGCUACCGCCCGCACCUGCGUGCCGCCGCCACCGCGCGCGCCGUGAUGGCCGUGCAUGCGGGCCUGGCGCCGGAUGAGGCCGCGCAGGCGCGGGAGCGGCAGAUACGGGCGAUAUGUGACGCGGAGGAUCAGCUAUAUAGCGAUAUCCAGCGUGCAGUCAGCAAUCAUGAUUUCUGGGUCCAGUCUACGCGGACGCAGGCCAAGCAGUCGGGCAAGGAGGUGCAGGAAAUCCUGGGCGAUGCGUAUCGCCGGCUAGCAGAGGCUGUGGAGCGCAUUGACGCACGUGGCGUCGCGGACUCACUGUCGCUCAUGCCGCCAAAGACUGCGGCGGAGGCAGAGGCUCGCCAGCAGGCCACCUUGUUUGGCCGCCUGCGGGAGACAGAGCUGACCGAGGGCAUGUCGAUACCCGGCUGGCUGCUGCAACUGGAGCUGUUCGGACACGUGCCGGCGCGUGCGGCGCUGCUGCUGCGAUGCCAUUUGGUGCUGGCGCGUGCCGUGGGCGGAGAUGAAGACUUCGAGGAGCGGAAGGAUGACGACCUGGUCUCACCUAGCGGCCACACUCGCGGCACCCACGUGGCAUGUGCCACGGCCCUGGCGGAGGCGCUGCUACGGUACUGGCAGCCGCCGCCGUCGCUUGCGGCAGGUGCUGGCUGCGGCACUGGCGCCACGAGGGACGCGGCGCAGCUGACGCCGCCGCCGCCGCCGCUGCUGUGCUCCGACAUGACAGUCCUGGCGUACGUGGUGUCGGCAGCGCAGGCGCUGGUGCUUUUGCGGCCGGAGGCGUGGAGCCCCGAGACCGGCGCGAGCGGCGCGCUGGCGGCGGUGACGCGGCCAGCGGUGCUGCUGCGAGUGGCGCAUUGCCUCAGCUCGGAGCUGCUGCACCGCGUGCCGGCGGGCGAUGCCCAUCACAUGCUGCGUAUCACAAUCCACAGCUACUACACACUGGCACUGCAUCACGCUCUUGGCGAUGCGCGCAAGUCACAGAGAGCGGCCACGGCGAGGCCGGCGCCUGAGGCAGCCGCCUCCGCGGCAGCGGGAGCGGGAGCGGGAGACGAAUGGCAGCAGCAGGAGCAGCAUUUUGCAGAUCUGCGGCGCUCCUACCUUGAGAUGCAGAACGUCGCAGCUCAAAACUUGAAGCAGCGAAGGGGGAAACUGAAGGCGGCGAUGGCGGCUGCAGCCCGCGGCGGCGGCGAUAAGGGCAGUGCGGAGAUUCAGAAACUGGGGCUGUCCAGAGAACGGCGCAUGUACCUCUUGUACAGCAUAGCAGGCCAGGCAGGACAGCGGCUGACACACGCCAUUUUCGACACGCCGCCGCCAACGGUGACGCAGGCUCGGGGAGCAGCACCAGCAGCAGGGGCGGCUGCAGCGGCAGCGGCUGCGGCUGCGGCUACGACUGGCGCGGGGAGGCACAGCACCCUGACUGCAACCGCUGCCACUACUGCCACAACAGCAGCAGCAGCAGCGGCUUCUGUCGCCCUUGCGCUGCAGGCCCAGCCGUUGCAACCGCCUCCGUCAGCCCCGCCUGCCCCGCUGGUGCUGAUGCUGCCCCACCUGGCGCGGCAGAAGGUGGAAAUCAACAGCCACGGAAUUCAUAUCGAUGUCAAUGAAGAGAAUACCGAGUGUCCGCAGAUCAUGUCUGCAAUCCGCUGGGCGGCGCGGGAGGCUGAUAACCAGGCAGCGCUGGCGCGGGCGAUGGUGGGCGCGCUGGCGCCGUGCUGGGAGGCCACGGCUGCGGCACUUGCUGCGGCGGGGAGUGACGCCGCGCCACCACCGGCACCUUUGAACCCCAGCCCCAGCCCCAGCCCCAGCCCCAGCCCCAGCCCCAGCCCCAGCCCCAGCCCCAGCCCCAGCCCCAGCCCCAGCCCCAGCCCCAGCCCCAGCCCCGGCCCCGGCCCCGGCCCCGGCCUCCACAGCUCGCUGGUGCUGCAGGGCUCGCCCGCCAUCUGCUACAGCCUCGCCCGCACCGCCGCAGUCAACUACGUACUGGACAGGGUGGCGCGGGGGAUGGCGGCGGCGGCGGCAGCAGAGGAGAUGGCUGUAGAAGGGCCACUGCCCGCAAGUGCGCCAGCGCGUGCUUUGGCCAUGGUAGACAGGUUCCAGCAGCUGCUGCCCCAGUACCAGCGCGUGUGCGGCUGGCCCCUGGUGAUGACGCUGUCGGGCAUUGGAGACGACGCGAAACAGGAGGCGCAUGCGCGGACGCUGCAGACCUUGGAGCUGUUGCAGCAGGUAACAGGCGUGGCUGCUGAUGUGGAUGCGGAGACCUUGGUUGCGACCUGGAUCACGCAGCAGCCGCAGGGGCAGGGGCAGGGGCAGGGGCGGCAGGGCCAGCCGCUGCAGGGAGGACAGGGAGGAUUGCGGUGUGCGCGCCAGCCAGACAUGGCGCCGUCAGCAGCGGCACCGGGCGCUGCGGGGCUUAAAACUGCCUCGGAAGUACAGCACCAGCAACGACAGAUUGCACAUGGUGGCGGUGCCCGCGGCUGUGAGCUGCAACGGCGCGUGGCUGAGCGGGCUCGGAGCGCGGGCAAGUUGACCUUCAAGCCCGAUGCCGGAGAUGACGAGGGCGCAAGCGCAGUAGUUCGCGAGGCCGACUUUCUGCUGCAGCUAUCCCCGGAGAAGGCCGUGCGGCUGCAGGUGCACGGGGAGCGGGGGCUCUGUGGUGCGGCUCUGGCGCUGGCGGAGCACUCGCACCGCCUGCGCUCCGACGCCGCGGCGCCGCGUGAGCUGGUGGUGGUGCCGCUGCUGGACGAGUCGGCUCUGGAGGAACCGGUGAACGAAGGCGCACGCCGCCGGCUGAACGGCAUAGCUGGACUGGUGCUGCGUGACCUCACGGCGGCGGUGGAGCGGGAGGCAAGGGCGCUGGCCCCUCGCCUGCCUCGACCGCAUGCCCAGCUCCGGCUGCCACUUUCGCUCAACCGUGCCGUGUGCCGCGCGGCAGCUGUGCCGCUGUCCACCAUCGGCUGGACGCUGUCGGAGCUGAGUCAGCGCGACCACCAGCAGGAGUGCAGUGCCGCCCGCGCGGCCCAGUCCGACACCGGCCGGCGGCCGGGCAGCGGGCUUGCACUUGUGGGGCUUGAGGACGGGGCGGAUGGAGCCAGCGCCACAGAACAGCUACUUGACGCCGUGGAAGACUUGUUUAAAGCGCAGGAGAAGCACGCGCGGCAGCUGCGGGCGGCGCGGGCGCCGGAGGCCGAGGUGUUGGCGGCUGUGGCCCGCUACGAGGCUACGGGACGCUUGUUCCAUGCGCUGGUGGAUGUCCUGGCUCUGGCGCAUGAGGAUGACGUGCAGGAGGACGGCGAUGCGGAGGAGGGAGGCCGCGAGGCGGCGUCACGCAGCGCUGUGUGUCUGGAGCCUGACAUCCUGAGUGAGCAGCUGAUCUCGGGGGCGGGCCGGCGCGACGCGGGUGACGACGAAUACGACGAGUUUCUGGCCAGCAGCUUUUUCGAUGACCUUCCUGGCAUGGCUGGGGGCUGGAACCGGCGGCGGCAGCAGCACUUGCAGCCGCGGCCGCCGCUGCAGCUGCUGGUGGCGGAGGCGGCGCCGGGCCGGCCGGCGGAGCUGUUGGAUGAGUUGGAGCGUUAGGGGGGAGGCACGGUGCGGGGGAGCGCGUUGUGUGGAGGAGUGUGGAGGGUGGGGCUGCGGCCCGGGUAGAAGGGUGCGCGAGAGCCACGCCAGCCUUGACAGAGGUAUGCUGUGUUGUGUUUUGAGCAAGACGCUCCUGUCCGUGUGCACGGUGUGCAGGGUGGGCAUUAUUAUAUAAAGCUCAAGGUCAAUGCGCAUGUCAGGUGCCGGGGAGAGAACCUUACAGACAGAGGCGGUGCGGGGCUUGGGGCCACCACGAAGCGCCAGAUAUAUACUUGCUACCGUACUGCAUGAUUGCUCUCAUUAGAAAUACAUACAGGAUUGUCUCACGGCCACACGGCUAGGCCCACAUGCUAUGCGUACAAACCAAAUUCAAAUGCGGAAUCAGUGCAUCUGCGCGCACCAUACGCGCUCAGUCCGUGCACGCGGGUGGUGGUGGCUCGGACACGCAUUGGCCUACUCGCUGGCGGCCGUGAGCGUUAUGUAAGAUUUUACGGUAUACAAGCCCCCCCUGUGACGCAUCCAUACGUACCCGCAUUCGGUAAUGCAAGGCGGGAUAAGGCCGCAAAGGCGAACACCUGCCAGGGCGGAUGUCGCUACUCUGCGCGGGCCGGCCACGUCCUGCUGGGCGGACACCUUUUGCAGCGCGAUGAGUUUGGGGCCCGACUACACCGGAGCUCCUCCCAGCGGCAGUCGUAUGACGACGCCUGCGGCUGUUACGUUCGUCGCAAGGGGGAUGCGCUUGAACACAGAUGUUGCUGGUGAUGUCCGACGUUGAUGUCAGGUAUUGCACCAAAGUAAACCAGGCCUUGAUAAAUCCACUGGGUCGUCGUUGGCGGUCAGGAUAUAGUUGUAGGCUUGGGCGCCGAGCCAGGAGGGCUGGGGUCGCGCAAUGCCUGAGAGAGAAUGUGCCGGGGCGGACUGCGGGCAAUGACACGAGCGUGUCAAGCCGAGCACAAGUCCAAGCAACGGUACUCUUUGGGCGCUGUCUCACUCAGCUGCCUUCUCCCGUAAUAUAAACACAAGCUGGCUGCUGUAGGCCAAGCGUCGGGCUGGCGAAGCAACCGAGAUGGAACCGGAAUCUCAAUAGGUAGUCCGUUGUUCCCAAACAGAGCUCAGAUGUGAGCUGGAGGUCUUGUUGGAGGUCUUGAAUAGCUCAGGGUCUUGACCCAGUGGAGUCGGUGACGAUUCGAUGCUCGCAAGCCGGUCUUCACGUUGGGGUCGUCAGGAGAAUCUCAGAGUAGUCUUAAAUAGAAGAUACACCAGAAGGAUAGCUGAAUCCAGAAAGAAGGUCAAAGCCUUGGCAGAGCUGUCGGCAGGUGGCGAUGACCUUGGCCGAGGGGCUCGCGAGGCUCGUUGACGUCGCUCAGGCGCUUGAAGCCGCCGAAUUACGCAGUUGAGAUGCGUAUGAUACCACAGGACCGCGUCGCAGGGGCAGACGGGUCACGAAGAGUCGCGCACGGGGUCGAUGCGACCAGGCGUGCGGAUGCGGAAGCCGGGGCACAGGGGCCCGCUGAAGAGGAGGCUCUGGCGGAUUGCCUUAGGCCGCAAUCACUGUCGCGCCUUGGCGCUGGAAACUUGCUGACAGGCCCGCUGUCAGGGGAGAAGAGCCCUUGAGGGCUGGGAGACUGUUCUUCCGGUA